CCUCUGCCCCGGCUCCUGGCGCCGCCGGGGUAUCCCCCGCGGGACCCCGGGCGGUCCUGCGGCCCGGGAGGGGUGGCUGCUUGGAGGCUGGGUACCGGAGAUCGGGCGGGGGACGCGAUUAGCAGUCACCGCCGUCAGGGCAAACGGGCUUAGGCCGACGUCAGGGGUGGCAGGCCUUCGUGAGGGGUCGGCAGAGCGGCCCCAACCGCUGGGUCCGUGGGUGAAUCCAAAUGCUCCCCGCUCAGGAAUGGCCUAAUUCCUUCCUCACCCGUGCCCUUAAUGAUCGAGAAGUUUUACGGUUUCUGAAGGAGAAAUGUCGGGCUUUGCAGGUAUCUCAGAGGAUGUAACUUCUGAGGGAAAAGAGGGAUGACAGAUUAGAAGACAAGAAAAUUUCACUUAAUCUGUAAACUUUGAACAGUCUGUUAAUCUAGUAUUUUAUUUCUAAAAUGCAGAGAGCAGUGUACCAACCCUCUGUGGUACAGUAUGUAAGAUCAUGCUUUCCACAGGAUGGACUGAUCCUGACCGACAGCACCUCUGUCCUCCAGCCCGAAAAGGUGUUCAAACUCAGGGCCACGUCUUUCUCAUGAAAGCUAUGAACAUGCGGAGCAACACAGUCCCACGCCACAUCUACUCCUGAGAUUGAAGACAUUUCAAGGUUAAACUGCCUUAAACAUGCCAAAGAGUGCUAAAGAAUGUUCAUGAAGAUCUUCAUCACACAAGAGGGAAUGAUAGAGAUGAAUGCAUCAGGAGAAAAUAAGGUAGUCUUCCAGUUCAGCUUCUGUGAGGUUGCACCAAGAUGUAAUGACGACAGAAAGCAGGUCAAGAAGAGAGAUUUGAGCCCUAAUGUUUUCAGGACAGAAGAAUAUUGAAAUGGGAAAGAACACCAUGAGGCUUCUCUGUACUUCACUUUCUCUUGCCAUGAUUUGCUGGCUGGCUGAAGGUACCCUGUCAAAAACAGAUGCAAAGAAAGGUUCUACAAAAAACCUGGAAGAAAAGAUGCUGCAUUCUGAUAAAAGUGUGCAAGACCGGGGACUUGUAGUUGUGGAUCCCAAAGCAAAGGAUAUUGUACUGGAACACAGAAGUUAUUGCUCCAAGAAUAUGAAGGAAAGACAUUUCUUGGGAGAUGUUCUGGGAUAUGUUACUCCUUGGAACAGCCAUGGCUAUGACAUUGCUAAGAUAUUUGGAAACAAAUUUACACUGAUCUCACCAGUCUGGUUACAAGUGAAAAGGAGAGGGAAGGAAAGGUUCCAGUUCACUGGGCUCCACGAUGCUGAUAAAGGCUGGAUGAAAGAUGUUAGAAAAACCUCCAAAACCAUCAAAAUAGUGCCUCGAAUUUUGUUUGAUGGCUGGACUUAUCAGGACUUCGAGAGUGUGUUUGGCAGCGAGGAUGAGAUAGAGGAACUUUCCAAGAACAUGGUUCUACUAGCCAAGAAUGAAAAUUUUGAUGGUUUUGUAGUUGAAGUUUGGAGUCAGCUGGGAAAUCAAAAGCAAAAGGAGUUGAUUCACUUGCUCAUUCACCUUUCUGAAGCUCUGCAUGAAGCACAGCUUAAACUCAUACUGGUCAUCCCUCCUGCAGUUGCAGCAGGGACCAACCAGCCGGGGAUGUUCACAAAGAAAGAAUUUGAUCAGUUGGCCUCAGCAAUAGACAGCUUCAGUCUCAUGACAUAUGACUAUUCAACACCACAACGACCUGGUCCGAAUUCCCCUAUUCCCUGGGUACGAGCCUGUGUUCAGGUACUGGAUCCUGAUUCAAAAUGGAGGAAUAAAAUACUUCUAGGGCUGAAUUUCUAUGGCAUGGACUAUUCUGCUUUGGGAGCCUCUGGGGAGCCAAUCCUUGGUAGCAGGUACAUUGAAACCUUGAAGGAGCACAAACCAAAAAUUGUCUGGGAUGAACAAAUUGCUGAACACUACUUUGAAUACAAGAAAAAUAAAGGAGGAAAGCAUGCCAUCUUCUACCCAACACUGAAGUCCAUCCAGUUGCGCUUAGAUCUUGCAAAAGAAUUGGGCACUGGAAUAUCCAUCUGGGAACUGGGACAAGGCCUGGAUUAUUUUUAUGACCUGCUUUAAAAUAAGAGAUGAUCUGGGAAAGACUUUAUUUGCUUCACUGAGACUCCACCUUCAAUUAAUUUGGCUAUCCUGGAGAGGUGAUUUUUACAACGUUUUUUAUAAUUUAUAUCGUAUCUGUAUUAAACUUGCAAUUUUUUCCCAAUAAAGAACCUUUUCUGAUUUGCCAUGUAGGCAUGAUUGUUGGUAUCUGAUAAAAUUUAGAGAAAAAUAAAACCACAGAAAUUUCUUUUAAAGCUCCUGAAUUCAUAGUCAUUGAAAAUAGACCAACAUAGCUGGGAUGCCAUUAGAUUUGAAAAUAUUUUCUGAAAUUUUUUCUACAAGAAAUAAAAUGGACAAGUUGAUGCCAUCUGAUUGAAGUUUAAGACAGAAACCUCUCAAACAGUUGCUGAUUGUAACCAAAGAGAAUAAAGAAAUCCAUCAGAUUAUGUCCAGCAAAUUUAAUGUCUGCUGGACCCUCUGCAUCUUGCUGUCCUCUGAUAAGUUCAAGAUUCCUGUUUGUAUCUAAGUAUCUUAUCGAGACAGAAAAAAGGACCUAUCUGACUACUUGCAGGAUCACAUGGACCAUACUCCUGGGAUAACAGCACUGCAUCUUAACUCAGGAAACGUGUCUCUUGUGGUCAGUGUGCAUGGAAGAGAAGUCAGAAGAUCAUGAUGUUUCACUGGUUUCCUCCAAUCUGUAAAUUCUGUACAUUAUGGUUACCUCUGCUGCGCAUCCACCUCAAGAAGGACGCUGCACUCCAUGUGACCAGUGACACAUCAGCUGUGACAUGCUGAGUUCUUUUAAAAGUCAUGGAUCUCAGCAGUUUUCAGUAAUGUUUAAAUGACAUAUAAAUUCACCCCCACUGCGCCCUGGAUUGAUCUCCUGUGAGGCUGUGAGAGUGCUGAAGGUUGGAAGAUGUAAGAGAAAUCAGUGUCUGUACAACUCGUAACUGUUUUCAUCAUCUGAGUAUUCCAGUGUCCUUCAGUAGCUCUGUGAACCUGCAGGGGAGUAGAUGGGAUUGCAGUCUGAAGAGGACAGGAAAGCAGUCAGAACAGGAUGAAAGCAGGAUCAAGGAAAAAGAGGUUGCCCUUAAGAGGAAAAAGAAAUGGAUGUAAAUUUACCUGGGAACAGUUGCAGCGACAAAAUCCAAAGAACUGAGGAGACCUGCCCACUGGGUGGUGGGAACUCUGAGCUGUCAGCAGGAGCACCUGUGUGUUACAAACUAUAAACCACGGCAACAACUAAUGGUACAUCUAACCUGGAAUCAUGUCUCUAUGCAGACGGUGACACGUGGGGAGGUAACCUGGCAGCUGGUGCAGAGGUUGCCUCCGUGCAAUCCUUUCCUAACAUCCGUUUGCGGAUCAGCCCCUCCAAUGCCGUUUCCUUUGCCUCGCCAUGGGCCGUGGACAAGGAACCAUUGCUCUUUGGAGGUUUUCUUCUGUUUAAAGACAAGGCUGCUUCUUACCUGUGCCAGUUCAAGUACUGACUUUUUAUUUUCUUCCUCCUUCAGUAAAGUGGGGUGACUCACAAAAUCUUCAGAAAGAUAGCAUUAUACACAGUUCAUAGUACAAAGGGGGGGAGAAAAAAAGGUCAGAUGAAUGAACAUGAAGGAGAUUUCUCCUGUGUCCUUUGGAGGAGGAGCAGAAAGAUCGGGAAUGGUAUCUAUGCACAGUAGGUGUCUGCCUUGACUACCUGACAAUACAUGGUCAUUGCAAAGGUGAGUCCGAGAAUCUGAGAAAAAAAACACACAACAAACAAUUGUUUUUCAGUAAGUAACCCCUCCCCCCUCUAUUUAUUGAAACAAAAAAAGAGAGAAAAGCAUUCUUACACUGGUUUGUUCACACACAGGAAGACAUGUAACAUGUGUCUUCCUGCCAGCUCAUGUCCUUGUUCUGUUCCUAGUUUCUGUCUGCUUUUUGUCCUUACCUGUAUUGCUGUUUUACAGAAUGAACAAUGGGAGCAUUGGAGAGUUGAUUUCUCCAUGAAAAGCAGCCAUCAGAUACUGAGAAGAGAUGUGUGCACACGUCCCAGUGGGGGAAUCACUGGAGACUGUCCAUGCAUUAAUCAUCACCAUCAACGCCUCAUCAACAAUGUAUGUGUCUUUCUACUCAGCCUAUUCAAGAGAAGCAGCAGGGAGGUGGUGGUUCUUCUCCCAGCCCAACUAUUGACCUGCUGUGCCACCUCUGGUAGAUUACUUCAUCAGAAAAAGGGAUGGGGAAGAGUGUGUUAUUUUCCUUCCAGUUGAAGUACUUACAUGAAUGUACUAAAUGGUUGUUGUAUUCAUUUGCAACACCACUGUAAAAAUUGUCACUGAAAUAAAGGUUUGCCAGGUAGAAA